AGGAUUCCGAUAGAACUGUACUCCGAAUAAAACGACGAAAAAAUAUUUUUAAAUUACUUAACUAAUCCAUCUUCUUAGUACUAUAACCUCAUUAUCCAUUCUCUUUUAUUUUGGUCUUCAAUACUUUUAGUAUAUUAUCAGUCUUUUUCCUACGAAUUUGGUAGAAACAAAGAGUUCUGAGGAAUAAUGGGAGAUCCUUUAGAUGGAUUAAGGUCUUUAAUGGCUUCACAUAACCCUCCUCUUCAUGCUAUGAUAGUACCUUCUGAAGAUUAUCAUCAGAGUGAAUAUGUUUCUGCCAGGGAUAAAAGGCGCGAAUUUGUUUCUGGGUUCUCUGGAAGUGCCGGUUUGGCCCUUGUGACAAAGGAUGAUGCACGAUUAUGGACUGAUGGACGGUACUUCUUGCAAGCAACACAACAGCUGAGUGAUCGAUGGAAGCUCAUGCGUAUUGGAGAAGAUCCAGCUGUCGAGACAUGGUUAGCUGAUAAUCUGCCAAACUAUGCCACUGUUGGGGUAGACCCAUGGUGUGUGUCAGUAGAUACUGCACAAAGAUGGGAGAAUGCUUUUGCUAAAAAACAACUAAAACUAGUUCAGCUGGGAACAAACUUGGUAGACGAAGUAUGGGAAAACCGCCCACCUCCAGAAGUUAAUCCUGUUAUCGUACAACCUCUAGAAUUUGCAGGUCGUUCUGUUGCUGAAAAAUUGAAAGACCUGCGAGAAAAGCUCCUGAAGGAAAAAGCUCGUGGUAUCAUUUUCACAACAUUGGAUGAGGUAGCUUGGCUGUAUAAUGUUCGAGGAAGUGAUGUUUCCUACUGUCCCGUUGUUCAUGCAUUUGCGAUAGUAACAACAGUUUCAGCUUUCUUUUACGUGGACAAAAAGAAGAUUUCUACUGAGGUGCACUCCCAUAUGGAAAAGAAUGGAAUACAAGUCUGUGAUUAUGAUUCAGUAAGCUCAGAUGUGGCCUUGCUUGCAUCUGGUCAGCUCAAUUCUGCAAUCAAGGGAUCUCAGACUGAGGCCUUAAACGAUCAGGAAAUCAGUUCUUCUCGUAAUGGUGAGAAUGGAGCCAAAGAAACUAAUCCCGACCUCAUAUGGCUUGACUCUGGUUCAUGCUGCUAUGCCUUGUACUCAAAACUGAACUCUCGCCAGGUUCUUCUCCAACAGUCACCUUUAGCCCUUCCGAAAGCCGUCAAGAACCCUGUGGAGUUGGAUGGCUUACGCAAGGCACAUAUUCGAGAUGGUGCAGCUGUCGUGCAAUACCUUGUCUGGCUGGAUAAGCAGAUGCAAUCUAAUUACGGAGCUUCUGGUUAUUUCAUAGAAUCAGAAAAAACUAACAAAAGAAAGCAUCCGGAGUCCAUAAAACUAACAGAAGUGUCAGCGAGUGACAAGCUAGAGAGCUUUCGUGCAUCGAAAGAGCAUUUCAAAGGCCUAAGCUUUCCUACUAUUUCGUCUGUUGGUCCGAAUGCGGCAAUUAUUCAUUAUCAACCACAGGCUGAUACAUGUGCUGAGCUUGAUGCUGAUAAGAUUUAUCUAUUUGAUUCUGGAGCACAGUAUCAAGAUGGAACAACUGAUAUUACUCGGACUGUUCAUUUUGGCAAGCCUUCGGCACAUGAGAAAGCAUGCUAUACUGCGGUUCUCAAAGGUCAUAUUGCUUUGGACACUGCCAGAUUUCCAAACGGGACAAACGGGCAUGCUCUUGACAUUCUUGCUCGAGUUCCUUUGUGGAAGAAUGGUCUUGACUACCGACAUGGAACUGGUCACGGGAUUGGGUCAUACUUGAAUGUUCAUGAAGGACCUCACUUGAUUAGUUUCAGACCGCAAGCUCGAAAUGUGCCAUUACAGGCUUCUAUGACUGUAACAGAUGAACCUGGUUAUUACGAGGAUGGGAACUUUGGUAUAAGAUUGGAGAAUGUGCUUAUAGUGAAUGAUGCUGACACAAAAUUCAAUUUUGGCGACAAGGGUUACUUAUCAUUUGAGCACAUAACAUGGGCACCAUAUCAGAUAAAAAUGAUGGACACGAGCAUGUUAGUACCAGAUGAGAUAGAAUGGGUCAACACGUACCAUUCCAAAUGUAGAGAAAUUCUAGCACCAUUUUUGGACGAAUCAGAGAUGACAUGGUUGAAGAAUGCUACUGAACCUAUAAGUGUUUAAGCAUCUAAUCUUUAGCAACCCCUCAAGUGAUGCUUAAGGAACAUCCAGCCACCCGAAGGCAUUUUUAAACUAAAGGAGAGGUACAAAUCCAAUCCUUCCUGGGAUUCUCUGCCUUGAGCUGAAUGUUAGUUUUGAAGAUUUCUUAGUCUUGUCUUGGUGCAAGUUGGAUUUGUUGAUUUAUACUCGAGAUAACUGAGCGUAUCUGGUUGUUAACUUUGUCAUUUUUAUAAGAAACAUCUCAAUUUUUAACCUGUUAUGGUUUCUGCUU